AUGGAACACCGGUGGAUGUCAAUUAUUACGCUGGGAGAAGGAUGGCAUAAUAACCACCAUGCUUUUGAAUACUCAGCUAGACAUGGGUUGGAAUGGUGGCAAAUUGAUAUUACUUGGUACGUAAUAAGAUUUCUGCAAGCUAUUGGAUUGGCAACAGAUGUCAAGGUCCCAACUGAAAUUCAAAAGCAACGAAAAGCUUCAUAUGGUAGAAUCAUGGCUACUCAAAAAUAG